AUGUCUCUCCAACAGAUCCAAACCCACCGUUACGACGGACCUAUGACGUUCGACAUGAUUCACUCUUCUUCAAUCGGGCGGUCACAGAAGAAGGACACGAGGGAUGUCCAACAUUCAGAUCCAAUCCAGACAGUUCCCGAGAGAGGUCCAUCGUGGUGGGAUCGAAUAAGUCUCGACAACUGGUUGUGGGAACUGGGGGCGGCGACGUUAUGUCUCUGUGUCCUCGCGAGUAUUGUAGGAAUCCUCAUCGCGUACGAUAACCACGCCGUUCCCGACUUGCCAGAAGGGAUAUCGAUCAACGCCAUCAUUUCGUUCCUCGCGUCCCUCGCAAAGGCAAGUUUGAUGGUCAUUUUGGCAGCUUCCAUCCGUCAAGAAAAAUGGUUGUGGUUCAUUGAUCGACCACGUCCUUUGGACGUUGUGGACUCUUUCGAAGAAGCCAGUCGUGGGCCAUACGGGUCUUUGGAACUGAUAUUGACGUGGAAGGGCAGUUUCCGCGCUUUACUCGCCGCCCUCGUCACCAUCCUAGCUCUAGGGUUCGAGCCGUUCAUCCAACAACUGGUCCAGAUCAACGUGGUGAACGUCCCGACAAACUCGGAGCCUGCCACGAUCCGCACACCAACUUCGUAUGACGAGCCGGUGUCUGGGAAUCUGGGCGGUUCCAGCCUGUCCUUGAACGCCCUCAUCGGCGCAUUCGGUGGCGCGUCCGGCGCGGUCCCCACCCCAGUCUGUCCCACGGGGAAUUGCACGUGGCCUCUAUACGACACGCUCGCCCUGUGUACGGCGUGCGAAGACAUGACGGACCAAGUCAAGGUGUCGGGCAACGUCUACGAUGUGAAUUUGACAUCACGGUUUGAGCGGUACUACAGUCGGGGGAAUGGAUCCGACACCACGUCGACGUGGACACCGACGUACUCUUUCCCUCACGGCAACGGUGUGAACCUCGGCGUCAGUCUCGAACUCGAGUUGGGGUCGGCGGUUCAAUGGUCGGUGGUUUACCCUCGGAGGACGGUGUGGCCUCUCAACGUCGACGCCGCGCCCGACUCUCUGUGGACGUACUCCUGGGACAACCGAUCCUACACUUCUCUCCCCGUUUCGCCAUUGUUCGCCAUGGGUUACCUCGACACGACCCUGUCUUCCGAUUCGUCCCGUUUGGUGGUGGGCCGAGCGACGGCCUGCUCCUUUACGCCCUGCGUCCGUACCAUGCUGACGGACGUGCAGUCGGGGACGACACAAUCGACCGUCCGAGCCACGUCGUACGGUUCCGUCAUCAUCGACCGUCGACAGCCCGACGGCUCUUUGAAGUCGGGUUGGACCGACUCGGUCAACGGAACCACGUACUCGAUCUACGAUUCGGCCCAGGGCGACUCGCAGGGCCGAGCGUUCUUGCUGAUUCAAGCCCUGCGUAUCGCCCUGGAGGGCAACACGACUUACAUCCACAGCGGUUACUGGUACGCCGACCCUUCCGAGGCGGGUCAAGACUCGACCUUCGACGCCACGGGCUUCACCCAGACCGACGGUCCUUGGUCGUCGGCGGGUCAACAGGCCAUCGACGCCAACGGGAAUUUCACCGACAUUGCCACUCAAGUGGGGGUCGCUCUGACCGGGAGGUUCCAACAACUCCAGAGCACCACGGCCCGUGGGACCGCCUUACACGCUCGGGCCAUCGUCGUCGUGAGGUGGAGUUGGAUAUCUUACCCCCUGUCGUUGUUCGCCUUGGGGGCGUUGGGUCUGACUUUGACGAUCCUCGCCACCCACGCCGCCCACAUGGCCGUGUGGAAAGAGUCGACUCUACCAUUGUUGUUCAGAUAUGCCGGUGCCGGUGCCGGUACCAGUAAAUGUACAGGCGAUUAUGACCGUGACGUAAAAAUCCAACGUCGGACAACAAACCGUCGUAAGAGUAGUAGUACUAGGACGGCGGAAGCGUCCAAGGCAACGACAACGACGACGCACGACGGUCCAACCACAUCGUCGACAGAUACAAACACCAACUCGUCUCCGCCACCGGCACAUACAACAUUUACAUUCUCAAACACGAUUCCUGAUCCGCCUCCUCGUCGUGAUGAGUCAUCCGAGUCGACCGAGUCGUCACCGAACAAGCCCCCGCGGCCGUCCGUCACGACGACGGCGGCGGCGGUGUCGAUGCCGAAUUCGAACCGAGUAAGUUCCAUCGUCACACAAGCGGCCGCCGAACGAGUCCAACUGUGUCGUCGAGAUUCAUUCUGGAUCCUCGGGUCGGUGUCGGUGGCGGCGGCACACGACAGACACGACGAGGGUGUGCAGCACAUGAACGGACCUGCCACUACGGAGGCGGAGAUCGGGUCACAGACAGGGACGAAACCGACACCACAGACAGCCGAGACAGACACACCCACCGCCACAUCUCGCACGUCACGUCCAGGAGGAGGCGACCUGGUGGAGAGGAUGACCACAAGAUUGUCUCGUGGGUCAGACACUCACAUUUGA